AAAUGUGUGUGCUGUGGUUUCACUCUACCUCACAUUUCUGUGUUCAAGCUACACACGGAAAGAAUCGCUGCGUCGGCCUUGUGCAGCCACGGCUUCCUCUUCAAGAAACCACUGUCAUUUGAACUCCCCGAGCAUCGUUUGACUUCCCACUUUGAUCUACGUCCAAGUCAGCUGGAGAGCAGAUUUCGGGGGCUGGUCAUGGUGUCCGGUGAGAAGGUGUGGGACCCCCUCCACACGGGCCUUAUCCAGUCACGUCUAAGUGAACAACACCUGGCUCCCCUCUGUAACAUCACACACAGUGCAAUUAAGGACGCUACGUGCCACCAGAGUCAACGGUUGUCACCUUUGUCUUCCCCGCCAUUGUCAUUAGUGGCUUUGAAAACCCUUCACCCAGAUCAGGCCUCCUCACCGCUACACCUGCCUGUUCAUUUCUGUGGCUUGUGCAAGAUUGAAGGGCUACACAAACCAGUCCGCUGUCUUGGAGUGGAGGAGGAAGGGGAAGCUGAGCAGUUAGAAAUGAAGGCAAAAAGGCAUGGAGGCCGGGGAGAGGCCAUGAUGGAGGACAGGCUGGAAGACAUGGCUGAUGGACCUAAAAAUGCAAAAAUCACCCUAAGCUUCCCACUUAGCGCCGCCCCCCUCCCAGCCUCCCUAACAUCUCCAAACCACUGUCGUAGCUCUUCCUCAUCCUCCCCUUCCCCUCACCGACGGUGGCCAUCCUCCAAGAGCUCAGACGAGGGGUCGCUGUGGAAACUGGAUGCUACCAUGGACGUAAAGCACAGAUCUUUUAAGCCCCCGAAGCAUGACAGCUCUCCGUCCUCUUCACCUUCCUCCUCCUCAUCUCCCAUGACUGUUCAUGCGCUUAGUAGGAAGGAAAUAAAAUCUCCCCCUCCUCUGAAGUGCUCCAAACUCAAUCCAGAGACUCAGUUUCACAGGUCGCCCCCAAGAUCCUCAAGCGGGUCUUCAGGUGGCUGUUAUGGUGGCGAUGGAUGGGAGGAGAGGCACAGGGUGACCAACGGUACAGCCUCACCCUCUCAAACCGCCCAGAUCCUCUUCAGUCUGGGCACCUCAGCCUAUCAGAGAGGUGGGGAUGCAGAGAGGAGAGAGAAAAUAACAGGAAGACCGGCUGGGAAAGUGGGAAACCCUCAUGGACCAAGUCUUCACCCACCCACCCUACACCUCCCUCCCCCCCUACCCCCACCUCCUCCUCCCCCAUCUGAGGGUCUUACCGCACCCCCUCACUCAUCCUCAUAUUCCCCUACCGACAGCCUGAAGCCUGAGCUGAUUUGUGGGGUGUGCCAUCGGCUUUUCAGCUCGGCCUCCUCCCUGACCGUCCACAUGCGGCUGCAUCGGGGCAGCCGCGCCCUCAGUUGCCGCUAUUGUGGCAAAGUCUUCAUCCACAGCAAGAGACUGCAAUCCCAUGAGACCUCCUGCAGGGUGCCAGGCCUACCAUCCAACAGUCUUGGCCCUUCUUCUCUCACUGUGCAGCCAAAGGAGGAGCCACUGGAGGAGGGUGAGGUGAGAGUGGAGGGGGGAGUGAUAGUGGGACAAUCAGACAUGAGUAAGGUGCGGCCAGGAAAGAAAGCACGGAGCCUUCUGGCACGUAUCCAAGGUGAUGAUGCAGCAGCCGCAGAGCUACUGGCGGGUGAUGAGCACCAUUUUGUGAAGGUGGUAGAUGGCAAUGUCAUUUACUUCUGCUCUGUGUGUGAACGUUCCUACAUGACCCUAUCCAGCUUGAAGCGUCACUCUAAUGUACACUCAUGGCGCCGCAAAUACCCGUGCCAUUUCUGCGACAAGGUCUUUGCGCUGGCUGAGUACCGCACAAAGCAUGAGGUAUGGCACACAGGAGAGCGGCGCUACCAGUGCAUCUUCUGCUGGGAUGCCUUUGCCACCUACUACAAUCUCAAAACCCACCAGAAGACCAUUCAUGGGAUUAACCCCAGCCUCAUCUCCAGUGAAAAGACAGCUAAUGGGGGUUAUAAGCAGAAAGCUAACGCCCUCAAGCUCUAUCGCCUUCUCCCCAUGCGCUCCCAGAAGAGACCCUACAAAACUUACAGUGACAGUUUGCAGAAUGGCCUGCUACUGCCACCAACUGAUUCACCUUCCCUCUCCCUACCUGGCCUGGGCUGUACUCUGGGCCCUGAGGACCUACAAAGCAUCAUCAGUGGGGCCCACCCUCAGGGUGUAAAGCCUGACCCAGAUGAUUUCCCUAAUGGCUUCCCUGUUUCUGCGUCUGCUGAGCAUGGGGACCUCUCCGCACUAACACCCCUCCCCCAAGCAGACAGGCCCCAAGUCAGAAAACAAGAGAGUGAGGCCCUAGAUUCAGAGCAGGGGAGAGCCAGUGGCAGCUUCAAAAUGUCUAGCAGUAGCAAAACCAAAACUUCCAGGACUGGUAGAAGCACAGAAACAAGCAUGCCUUCUGUGAUAACAUAUGGCCAUACAAAACCCUCUGUCAUAGUUCAUGGAACAGCAAUGUCAUCCUCCGUAAUUGUGCAUAGCAACCAGGUCACCUCUGGAAGUGAAAAAAGCCCAAUGAGCAGCCCAUCCCCUGAAACCAGCAACAGUCACACUUCACACAAAGACAGUCCCAGGCCAAUCAAAAAGCAAAGGGAUAGUGCAGAGGGAUCCCAAAGGGAUAGUGCAGAUAACCAUAGAAAAAGGUCAAGAGACAGUUCAGAUACCACAGAGCAGGGCUCAAGAGGUAGACAGGGUGCAGAGGCAGGCAGAUUAUUUCACAAAUCACGCAAAUCCCACAGCAAGACUGACAUCCCUAACUCAAAGCAGAUGUCAGCAUCUGUAGGGUCACAGGUCAAAGAGGCAGGGCCCCUGUGCCAGAUUACUGUACGUAUUGGCGAGGAAGCCAUAGUAAAGCGCAGCAUCUCUGAGACAGACCUUAGGAGAGACAAGAGCCUUACUCCACCUAAAACCAAACGGAGUGAAACAUCAUCUGUGCGGGAAGCCAAGGAAACACGGCAUUCCCACUCUCACCACCAUCACCAUAAACACCGCCUCCACCGCAGAGUCAGCCUGGAAGAAGAGGGUGAAAAGGAAGAGGGUGAAAAGGAAGACGGAGAUUGUGAGGAUGAGUUCAAGAAAAAGAGCUCCAAACCCCUCGAUGAAGUGAGGGAGUACUACUUCCGUCGGGAGGUGCGUGACCAGGAUAGUGACCAUGACACAGAGGAUAAUUUAUGGCGGCCUUACUACUCCUACAAGCCUAAGAGAAAGGCCCAAGCACAUCUGCAGCGGGUCAAGAGCUGGCAGAGGAAACUGAAGUUCAAGCGCUCCAUCCGGUUGAAGAGGAGGACAGAGAGGCUCAAGAACCAAGUGAAUAAAGAAACAGAGAAAUCACAAGAUGAGGAUGAGAAGAUUGAGGAAGCUGAAAAACUGUCAAAAACAGACAGAGACAAGGGAGAGAGGAAAAAUAAAGAUUAUGUCUCUGUUCCUGUAGAGGAGAAAAACAAAGACACAGAAGAACAAGGUAAGGAGGCCUAUCAUGAGGUUUUCACUCCUCCUCUGCACUCUCCAAAGCCUCCUCUGUCUACCUCAGUGCCUCCUAUGGGAAUAAAGAGGCGGCCUUGGACUAAUGGGAAUGCAGCAGAGUGUGGUACAUGUGGCCGCUGGUUCUCAAGCCCCAGGAAGCGAGACAAACAUGAGCUGAGUCAUCUGCUGGAGUUUGUAUGCCUCUUCUGCAGAGCUACUUUCCCCUCAAGGGAUAAGUUGGAAGACCACCAGAGAGCCCAGCAUCCCAAGCCUACUGAGGCAUCCUGUGUACCCCCAAAAGUGGCACUUGGCGAACAAGUUGAAGGAGUCAGGAUUAAAUCUGUGCCAGAGAUUGCAAAAUAUGAUGAAGAAAAAGGGGGACAAUUAGGCUUAGCAGGGAGAAAUUCUAGUCCAAGUCGCCUAAGCAGAAGAGCAUUAUCACGACACACCUGUCCACAGUGUCAUAAGGUGUGCAAGACAUCUUCAGCACUAACUCGCCAUAUCCGACGCCAUGAGUUAAGCAGUUCCCCGGAGAGAGAAAAGGACGUUAAAGAGCCAAAAACAACAGAGACAGUUGUUAACAGUGUUAGUAGAGAUCUAGAGACUGAAAAAGACCAGGCUCCCAAUGCUCUCUCUGUUUCAGUUAUCAGCUAUUCCACACCCGACCCACCCAACAGUGGUGACUGUUUGGCAUCACAGCAGCAUGAGGACCAUCUCAGCAAGCUGACAGAUGAACAUCAGAUGUCAGAAUCCAGUUACAAACCUGAACUGACAGAGCUCGCACAUUCAGCUCUAGAGAGAGAGCCCUGCCCCGAAAUUGUGGACCCUCCAUUAGAAAGCCUUGGUAACCUUACACCCACUAAAUUCACGCCUGCUGCACCCUCUACUCUCCAGAGUGUGCUAGUCAUGAAUGGACCUGAAUGUCUGGACUACCGCACCCCCAGCAAAAAGAACCUAGACAGCCAGAUCCACAGAAUACCCAGCCCUGUGCACAUCUUGGCAUCCACCAACACCUCUCCAAAUGUACCCAUGAUGUCACAGACCAGAAUAACCACUGCUGCUCCUCCUGUUUCCAUGACAACAGUUCUCCGCUCUGAGGGGGGAUUCAUGAAACGGGAUGGGGUCAUUAUGGACAGACAGAGGCAGGGUGGGAGUGGUAUAUUUCUACAUGCAGGUUAUGAGGAACCACCUCGGGUCCAAGAUAUCAGAGUUCAAUCUAUGUCCAGGAGUCCCUCUCCCAAUGAAGCACAAGACCUGACCAUGUCCUCCAUUCUAGCUAGGGAGAGGGAGAUAGAGAGGCAAAGAGAGAAAGAGAGGGAGUUGGAGAGACAAAGAGAAAGGGACAGGGAUAAAGAAAUUGUGAAAGAGAGAGAAAAAGAGGUAGAGAGGGCCCAUCAAAUGAGUAGAGUAGAACACGCCCCACAUGACCAGAUUUCUCUGUUGGUCCCUAAAGAUGAGCCCUUGAGCCCCGUGCCGUCUCCCCCGCAUAUCCCCUCUCAAACCACUAUGAAUGGAUCCUGCUCACAUAGGCACACUCCCAAGUCCCCCUGCCGGCCCCCCUCAACUAUUGGUCUCCUAGCUCAAUCCAACCGCCAGGUUCACUCCAGUUCACAGGGACUUGACAGGCUCACUCUGCCCACUGGAGCAGCUGGUGGUGACCGCCCCUCUGCCCACGCUCUGCUUCUCCCACGAGCCCCCCAACCACCUGAGCCGGAGCACCACAAUACAGUUUCUUCCAGAGAUCCCCAGCAGGGGGACGCCACUCCACUUGGCUAUCAUGCCCAGAAUUAUCCCCUACCCCUUAUUGUGCCGGACAGCUACCGCCCUGGUAAAAAGCAGGAGGAAAACCUGCUCAUGUCGACCUAUCCUGCUGGAGCGCUUCCCUUUGGCCCACUGGGAAAAAUGAUGGUCCCUCAUGGUGGUGACCUGGCUAAGCUGCCAUUUUAUCCAGAUCCUUACCAUCUUCUCUAUGGGCCCCAGCUGCUGGCCUACCCAUAUAACCUGGCGGCUCUUCCUGUUGCUCUGAAUAUGAUGGCACCUGGGGGGGACAAAGUGGAGCCUCUGCCUUUCCUCCCUGCCAUCUUCAACUACGCAGCCACUGCUGGACCCUACAUGGGCACAGCCCCUCACCCCCUUGUGGCUAACCCCAGCCUCUACAACAGCAGCAGCGGCAGCAGCAGCAAGAAGCAACGAGACAGCAGCAGCAGCAAACCGUAGGACACAGAAGCACUAUAAGGAAUAUAUUUCAAUGGGGAAGGCCUGGCCUGUUUAUGACAGGAGCGGGAGGGGUGCAUGCUCACUGGGUCACUGAGUACACUUGCACAGUACCCCUGUCUCUCUUUUAUUCAGUAGAGAUCAGAGCUAGGCAUUAAAUCAGGAGUAGGGUGAAGGAAGGAAAAGGAGCAAAGACACAGGGAGAGGGGCUGAUAUUAUAGUGACAUAUUAUUACUCCCCUCUCUCUUUACUCUUGCGCACCUUUCUCUGUCUCUGCUGUCUUGCUGUAGUGUGUCAUAGUUCUAGAGCUUGAUUAAUCUUCCUCUCUGACUCAUUAUAUUAUCUAUAAGAAUAAGAACUGCUAACAGGGUGUGUGUUGUGUCAAAAAUUAGUUCAGUCCGCUUCCCUUUAUAGUCACCUUAUAACGAGGUAAACGCUCUUCAGGGAAGGCUUGUGUGGGCAAGGAUAACGGAUGAGACAGAAGAGUCCUUACUCAACACAGUUAAAGGUGGAGCGUUCAAAUCAAACCUCGCAUAUGUUUGUAUGAGAGAAUGCAGGCAUAUCCUGUUGUUAAAUAGUCCAUGAAAGUCAUGUAUGAGCAUGUCCAUGCACAUGUAUGUAGGGAUUUGUGCAUGCAGAGGUGGGCUUAAGCAGGUAUUACUGUGUGUGUGUGUGUGUGUGUGUGUGUGUGUGUGUGUGUGUGUGUGUGUGUGUGUGUGUGUGUGUGUGUGUGUGUGUGUGUGUGUGUGUGUGUGUGUGUGUGUGUGUGUGUGUGUGUGUGUGUGUGUGUGUGUGUGUGUGUGUGUGUGAUGGAGUGUGUGUGUGAAUGGCUAGAUCAUUCCAUGUCAGACUCGCACGGCAUUCCUACUCUAGUUGGAAUAGCUGCUGUAGGUCAAGUAGAAGUGCAUUUAGAAAUAAUUCCUCUUAUCCAAAUCGUUCAGUAGUCAAUGCUAUGGCUGGAUGCGAGUCUAUGACAAUGACAGAUCAUCUGAGCUUCUAAUGUCUCAAACUAACCUGGCAACUUUGUGGCCAGAUGGCACUGUAGAAUCCGUAUAGCAUUCACCAUAGUUUAUACCUUAUGUGCACAAAAUAGAAAAGUAGUGGUCACUUAAAGGGGACACUUGUAGCUGCUUUGGAUAUGUAGCUGGCCACUGGGUAAGAAUUAAAGGCUGGUAGACCAUUGCACUUCUGUUUUUCAUCUCAUUUCCUUCACACAAAAAAUGAAAAGAAUAAAACCAGUCAGCCUUCAUCUUGCGUAGCUUUUUUCUCUUUGAUUGGAAGAGGAAAAGGCUCCAUUUCCUAAGCCAGGAAGAAGAAAGUGACAGCAAGGAAGGAAAAAGAAAAAUGGAUUCAGGGUUUUGACUUAUUUCUGGAUAGGAAAAGAAAUACAUGGGCACAAAACUGUUGGACUCUGAGUCAGAAAGCCCCACAGAAAUGACUUUGGCGACAAAAGAAAAUGUCCUGCUCCCCAACUGAGAGGGGAUUGGAAAUAGCCUGAACUAUAUACCCUCCUGCCCUGUGUCAUUUACUAAGAGGUAGGAAAAGGCUGAGCUUAGCAGCCAAAGUGGUGGCCGAAACUCCCCAGGUGCCCUCUUGGGGACUUUUUGUUAUGUGUAAUGUUAUCUCUAUAUGUUUGUUUUGUUAAACUAUGUUGUUGUUUCUGUUGUUUAGCCCCCUUACCAGAUGGAAAUGGCUUCAGUGACAAGGGGG